AUGAGCUGCACCAAUUUACUCGUAAUCGAGGGCGCAAUCGGCAUAAAUUGGGGCCGUCAAAACGCGCAGCGGCUAAUACCUUCCGUGGUGGUCGAUCUCCUCCUCCAAAACCGUGUUCCCGCGGCCCGAAUCUUCUCAACCGAGACCGACAUACUCGAGGCUUUCGCUGGUAGCGGCAUCAACCUCGCCAUUACCAUUUACGAUGUCGACGAAGUCGCCACUUACGAGGAUGCCCGGGCGUGGGUCGACCGCAGGUCCGCAUGGUUCAGCCCCUCUAACAUAACGCGAGUCUACGUCGGGGACCAGAUGUUCGCAUCGGCACUAAAUGACACGACACUGCAGAACAAUGCAAUCGACAUGCUUAACAACACACAAAGAGCGCUCAACGCUGCCGGCUUUAGCCACGUGAAGGCGACCAUGAGCCAUCCUUUUUCCGUAUUAAACAACCAAUUCACAAGGCCUUCCGAAGCCGAGAUCAACGUCUUGGUCCACGAGCAAUUCGUGAGGUACCUCGACAUCGUCAAAGCCAGCGGAGCCCCCGUCUGCAUCAACCUCUUCCCCAUCGAGAUAAUGCGAGCCCUCGGCAUUCACGACAUCGACUUCGCCUUUGCCGACAACCGAUCGACCCACGUCGUGACCGAUAUCGGGGGCGCCGUGUACACCAACGCGUUCGAGUUCAUAUACGACGCCUUCGCGUGGGCCCUCGAGAAGGUCGGGGCCCACGACGUGGAGGUCGUCGUGACCCAGAUCGGGUGGCCCACCGACGGGUACCCAAACGCAAGCGCAACCAACGCCGAGCGGUUUUACAAGGCCCUCCUCCCGCUCGUCUCUGGCGGCCGGGGGACACCCAAGCGACCGGGCAAGCACAUCGACGUUUACGUGCACGCGCUCACGGACGAAAACAAGUACCCACCCGACCGACCCUACGGGCGGCAUUGGGGGAUCUACAGGUCCAACGGGGAGCCGAAAUAUCGGGUCGACCUAACGGGCCAGGGUCGAGACGUGCUCCCGGCCCGGGCCCGCGAAAUCAACCGGAUGCCUGAGCGGUGGUGCGUGUUAGACCCGUCGUUGGAGGACGACGAAAGGGUCGAGGCAGAGUAUAGGGUCGCGUGCGGUGGAGGGGAUUGCACGAGCAUGUACACAGGAGGAUCGUGCAGUGGACUCGACAGGUGGCAGAAUGUGUCGUACGCGUUCAACAUGUAUUUCCAAGCAAAGUUUCAAGACGAGAAGGAGUGCGAGUUCGGAGGGCUCGGGCAGGUCGUGACUGCAGACCCGUCGACGGGUGGGUGCAUGUUCCCGGUGGAGGUCGUGAAGGGGCAGCAGAAAAACUACUCUCCCAAGCUUGCCGAUGGGAGUGGAGUUCAUGAAGUGCCUGGUUCUGAUAUGAUACUUGUGAUUUUGGUUUCAACCCUGGCCAUUUUUUGUUGUGUGAUUCAACUUGUAGGAUAG